AUGGCAUUAAAAACCAGUGCUAACGAGAAAGAAGGAUUAAUGGAGGCUGGUGCCGAAACAGGGGCAGUUCCUCCCCCUCCACCAACGGCAGCAGGAAGGCCCAGGCCUCCCACAUCGCAGCUAUUUUCGCGGGGCAAUCUGGUUAGCAGUCGGGCAGCAGGAGGCGAUAAAUCAGGUCUGGCCAGGCCAUCAACAGCAGUCCGGGCAGUGGGCUAUGCGGCCAAUAGCGGGUCUGCUGGUCAAAGGUUCGACCAGUUCUUCCUGGAGAAGGCCAAGCAGCAAACACUUUCGUCCGCAAACGCUGUAGACGCCGCCAAGGAAGUAAAUCCUCAGAUCAAAUACAAGAAUCUGGAGGGCAAGAUUGUAAAGCUCCUGGAAUCGUCCAUUGUUUUGGCUUGGCAAAGCACAGCGGCUCGAUCGAGUGGAGAUAUAAACUCGGAGGCGAAAUCGGCAUUGGCCGAGUCGUUGAAUAAGGCCAAGGAAGCGUUCUCAUUGGAUCGGACAUUGCACCGAUUUCGAGACCAGCAGGGCGAGAAUGUGUACCACAAUUUUGACUUGACAUAUGCGGUGUUCUUUAAUCUUGCGGAGCAGUACGAACGCAAUGAUCUGCACAUCGAGGCCCUCAACACCUACAGCAUCAUGACCAAGAACAAGAUGUUUCCGCACGUGAACCAGCUAAAGCUUAAUAUGGGAAACAUCUACUACAAUAUGGGUAUCUACCAGAAGGCGGUUAAGAUGUACCGCAUGGCCCUCGACUCGGUGCCGAAGAACUUGAGCCAGUUGCGGCUGAAGAUCCGCGAGAACAUCGGAAUCCUCUUUGUCCGCAUGGGCUCCUAUUCGGAUGCUGCCUCCAGCUUUGAGUUCAUCAUGUCGGAGCGGGCGGACAUCAAGAGUGGCAUCCACCUGCUGCUCUGCUACUACGCCAUGGGCGACGUGGAGAAGAUUAAGUCGGCCUUUCGAAGUCUCUGCGAUGUCCAGGCGGGGGAAACGGAAACCGAUCUGGGAAGUGAGAGCAAUAUUAUCAAGCUGCAGCAGCAGGCCGGUCAGGCUGGGGAUCCGGAUUUGCACAAGUCCUCAGACCACGAAGAAAACGGAGGCGCGGAUGUGGCCGUUAUCGAUGCAGAGGGUGGCGGUACCUACGAAAAGGUCCAGGAGUCCGUGAAGUUUUCGGCCAAGGCAAAACAGCGUUAUGUUCUCGAAGCCCUCAAGAAAGACGAGCUUGCCACGUACACCAAUCAACGACGAAAUGCUGAGAAACGAUCCAUUACCAUGAUUGUAGAUCUGAUCUCGCCCCUAAUCGAAGAGAACUAUAAUGAUGGAUACAAUUGGUGUAUUGAAAUCAUCAAGACCUCUAAUCUGGCAUGGCUGGCAAACGAACUGGAACUCAACAAGGCCCUAGUAUACCUUCGACAAAAUGACGUAAACCAGGCCAUUGAAACGCUACAAAUGUACGAUCGAAAGAGUCAGGGAUCAAUGACGGCCAGUGCUCUGACCAACUUAAGUUUCAUCUAUAUAAGUCUAGGCAACCUGGAGAUGGCCACACAGUGUCUUAACCAGCUUCAGGAAAUCGGAGCGCUGGAGAACAAUGCGCUAGCUCUGAUCAAUGCCAGCAUUGUGGACUUGCGGAAGCAGAACUUCACGUCAGCUCGCGAUCGUUUGGAGCGAGCUCUGCAACUGCAGCCGACGAACUUUGAGGCCAACUACAAUCUCGGCCUGGUGGCCUUGGCCCAGCAGGACUUCGAGCUGGCCGAGGAGCGAUUCGAGCUGCUAAAAGCCCAGCUGAUGAUGCCCCAUUCUGUGCAGCACAGCCAUGUCUUCUACCAGUUGGCCAAGUUGCAGGAACGCCGGUUAGGAAGCGGAUUCCAAGGUAGCUCCACGCCAGGGGUGGCUCUGCAGGCCUAUCUCCAAGUGCUGGGCAUCUCCGCCUCCGACAUCGAUUCGCGCCUGUUCGAGAAGGUGGGCUCGCUCUACGAGCAGAUUCAGGACCAUCAGGAGGCCAAUCAGUACUACCACGAGGCGUACCGCAUCAACAUGAGCGACAUCAACAUCGCCAGCAGCAUUGGCUCCUACUACAUCAAGCUCCAGGCCACGGAGAAGGCGCUGUAUUACUACGAACGAGCGGUUUUAGCCGAUCCCAAUGAUCCCAACCUAAUGCUGCGCAUUGCCAGCUGCUUUCGCAACUCGUACCUGCCGCCCAAGCAGUAUUUGGGUAUGUUCCAGAAGAUCCACGUCCGUUUUCCGGACAACCUCACCUGCGUACGGGCACUGAUGCAGGUGACCAAGUCGCUGGGCCUGGCAGAUUUGCACGAGCGGUAUGCAGCGGAAUAUGCGCGCUUGCAGAAGCAGCAGCAGGAACGUCAGAACGAGCAGCGAUACCAGCAGCAGCGCCUCUCAUCAGCGGCCUCGUCUAGCAGUCGAUUGCGAACUAUCAGGCAGUCCAAUGAGGAGCGUUUGCAGGAAAACAGCGACCUCUCCAAGAGCAUGACCUAUUCGCAGAGUCCCGCCACGUAUUCCGUCCAGCAGUUUGAUCCUUUGGGUCCACCCGCUGAACGUCCCCGGACUGGCAGGGCACAGCAAAGCAGAGACGAUUCAGAUGAUGAUGCGGAAAUGAAUGCCGAUAGCCUAUUGCCCAUUUAAAUACAUUUCCUGAACUUAUUGUUAAACCGAGUGAAAGUUCUGAACAUUUUAGCGAAAAAAUUCAUCGAUUUUAUUCAUAUAAUGGAGAUUUGUUUAUAAAUGAAAUAUAAAAUGAUCAGAUAUAAAAAAAUAUAAAAACAUCUACCACCUCAAAACAAUAAUAACAUAUCUAGUUUGGUUUUUAAAUAUUAUCUUUAUUACGCUCUCAAGGCCAAUAAUACAUACAUUUUUAGGUUCUGAUAUAAUAAGAUUUCAAAUUUAAAAUUUCGACUGUUCGGAUAGAAAAUUGUCGCCUUGGUAUCGUCGAACGGCGUAUAGUACGUAACCAUCAUCAUAACUUUGUCCUUGCCCGAUUUCACCUUAUUUAAAUGACACGCUAGUUAAUUUUAAGUGAUUGGUUUGUGGAGUAAAAUGUGCUUGUAUUGCAAGUUUAAAAUUUUUGUUCAUUGUUCUGUUUUCUUUAAGGAAAUUGGGUCAAAUCGACAGAAAAAAUGUGUGAUAACUAAUUUCAUUUCACAAUACAAAGUUUCGACAGUUACAGACACAUAAACAGCUUUACAGAUCAACUUUUUUGAUAUUCUUCACCCAUCACUAGCUUGCUGAUUUUCUAUUUCCCUCCUUCUCUCAUUCCUAGACAAAACAAACCACUUCAACUCCUACAAAUCAAAAGGUACAAAACAAAAUGGAUCGUUUCUCAUAUUCACAGACAGCUUCCAAUUAUCAAAAUCAAUCUUAAUUUUCUCUCUAACGAUUUGCUUUCCAUUCUCCUUCAAUUCCAUUCCUAACCUGCCCCAAAGAAACCGAUCGACUUCUCUUAGAAGCUCAUGUAGCCGCGGGAGGUGGAGCGACGCCUGGCACACAGAUAAGAGAUUA